AAAGGAAGAGAGAGAAAUCUGAACUGUGAAGGAAGAAGAAGAAGAAGAAGAAGAAAAAAGAGAAAAUGGGUGGAGGAAUGGAAGCAAACAAGAACAAAUACAUUGAAGAAUGGGGCGCUGUUAGAGAGAAUCUGGAACACAAUUUCCGUUGGACUCGCCGUAACCUUCUUCUUGUUGGAAUCUUCGGUCUCGCUGUUCCCGUUCUCGUCUACAAAGGCAUCGUCAAGGAAUUCCAUAUGCAAGAUGAAGAUAAUGGCAGACCAUACAGGAAGUUCAAGCCUUAAGUAUGGAAGACGCUUUGAAAGUUAGACCUUAAUGAGGCUAACAGCAUGUGUUUUUUUCUUAACUUGCCAAGGGCUGUUUGUUUAUGUAGUUUGGCUGUCUUCAUUCAUAUUUCUGUGAUGUUAAUUUGUGACUGUUGUUCAAAAUCAAUAAUAUAUUUGGAAAACAAAAACCAUGAGUUUGAGAAAAUAUUAUAUU